AUGCCUUCAGCACAUGGUUUCUCCCUGAGCGACUUCCAGUCGGACUUCCUGGGGCCUUAUGUCAAGACUUGCCAGCGCUCGCCUUUGAACAGCUUCUUUGGUGAGACCGUGCCAUCAGACCUAACCACCUUCAAGGCGGUCUGGGAGCCCAUGCGACGAACUCCAACAUCCUUUGAUGUUCAGGGAUUCUUGACAUCACCGAAGGGCAUGGCGUGCUCAGCCAAGCUCGCCGCGUCCAUAACCAAGGAAAAUACUUCAGGAGAUAAUAAUGAGAAGAUUCUUGCCGCAGUGGAAAAAAUCGCCACGGACGUUGGCCCGGACUGUGCGCUAGCCCUGCAACAGAUGGAGGGAACUCCCGCCGAAGCCGUGGCAAAGAUUCAAGCAGGAUUGGCGCAAUCCCUUCCGAAAAUGUGA